UGCAUUCUGGGAAGUCUCGUUGCCGAGAUAAACAAAUGUCUGACACCAAACACGAUUUUGUUUAUUUAUUUUAAUGUUUUGUCGCGUUAACUGAAUUUUAGAGACAUCAAUUUCCCAAAAAUAUGGCUUCAAGAACAAAAGGAGGAAAGGGUGCUAAAGGCCAUGACCACCACAAUCAUCAAGCUCAAAGUGAUGUUCCAGAAAAAAUGGAACAACCUCUUGAUGAACAAGAACUGGAAUCACUUUAUGCCUGGGUUGAUAGUAUUCCACUUUCAAGACCAAAACGAAAUAUCGCUAGGGAUUUUUCAGAUGGAGUGCUCGUAGCUGAAAUUGUUAGACAUUUUUUCGCAAACGAAGGAAUUGUAGAAUUACACAACUAUACAGCUGCUAAUGCAACGCCUAAAAAGAAGGAAAAUUGGUACUAUUUAAACAGAAAAGUGUUUGGAAAGAUGAACUUCGAGCUCGCGGACGACGUUAUCAACGAUUUGGUGUGCUGCAAGCAGGGGAUGAUCGAGAAAGUCCUGCUCAUGCUGCAGGUGAAGAUCAAACGAGCCCAGUACGCCCGCCAGCACCAGUCUGAUAAGCCCGAGGCUGACCAACACACAAGUAUGUCUCCGGGCCGAAAGGAUGGCAGGACAAUCAAGGUUGGAAUGGACGACACCAAAGGACGCUUGAAGACAAAACAAUAUAGUAACUUUAGUGGUUUCACUCACCAGAUUGAAGAUUAUGGGCACACAAUUACCCAGCAUUACCUAAACAACCGAGGCUGGAGCUCCGGACUGCAAGAUCAAAAACCAAAGCCAAAGAAAACAGGCCCAGCUGUAAUACCGAAGAAACGACCUGGACCGAUAGUUGAGUCUGACUCCGUGCCGAGAUAUGUUGUUGAGGAGAAAGAGCAGGAAGUGCUGUCCCGUGACGAGACGAUACAAAUGUUACAGAACAAGGUCCAGAAACUUGAACAACUGCUCACAUUGAAGGACAUGCGAAUUUCAGAACUGACAGAGAAACAAUACAUCAACUCCACAUCAUCGAACGGGCCUUCUAACUACGGAAAACACAGAAACUACAACAAUCCGCAUCAAUAUGGGGGAUAUCGAUAGAUCAGUGUGUUUUAUGGGAAAUGUUAUUUUACAAUUGGAAGAUUUCGGAUUUCAUUUAACAUCAGGGUAAACUAUUGUGAUGUCAUAAAGGACUUAAUGGCUUAAUAUUGGGAACAUACUUUUUCAAAACUCCAUCUCACUCAUUUACCACAUAAAAGGAUGAUAUACUGGUAAUAUUACUCUUUUCAAUAAUAUAUUUCCUCAUAUGAUUUGAUGAUAAAAACCUUAUUUUCAAUAUUCUGAAGAAUAUAAUUCAUGAGCAAAACGUUUUUUUGAGAAACAACUUAAAAAUAAUAAAUUUGAAUCAAGUAAAACUGCUUUAGAAUUAAUUUUUCCAAAAAAUAUUUACAAAUAUGUGCUUUUGAAAAAGGUAAAAUAUAUACAAAAAAGCAUUUAAAGUAUGUUGUUUUGUGGUAAAAUGAGUUAAGAUUGAGAUUUGAUAAAAGUAUUUUUGUCGCCCCAAUAUCAGGAAGAUACACAAGAUUUUUUAUGAUAUCGCGGCCUGAUGUAGAACACAGCCUUAAUUAUAACCAUGGGUUGGAAACCGCCAUAUAUGCCUUCGUAGAUUAUUUGCUCAUAUCAAGAUAAUAUUUUGGAGACGUCGGCCAUCUUCUUUCUAAUUGCGCUACAUUUAUUUCAUACAUAGUUUAUAUGUCCAUGAUUUAAAUAAAUAUUUUGAAGUUGAACAUUUAAGACGGUCAGUUUCUGUCAAUUUGCAUGUUUAAAUUUUAUUAAUUCUUACUAUAAUCAGAAAAAAUCUCUUUGUAACGGUAUGUGUAUUUGAGAAGAACACAUUGAACAUAUCAUAUAUUUAUACAUUGUACUAAAAUGGUUGAUGCACUAUUAGCUCAGAAUUCUUGCCAAAUUAACAUGGCUUUAUAUUGUUAUUAUGCUUUUUAGGGUAUUAUUGGUUUUAUGUACAGCAUGAUGGAAAUAAGAAUCUUAAAGCUACAAGAAUUACAUAAAAAUAAUUUCCUUUUUUUUAAACCAGCUUUUAUGUUUUCGGUUCAUUAAGUGUAUUUGCAAUACAUAUAUGUCAGUUUUAAACUAAUUGUACUCACAAAUAACAUUAAAUCUCGACAUUGGUGUGUUCAUAAUUUAUUGUUAUGGCUUACGAUGUUUUGCUAAUAAUUAAGUGUCAGAGACAUUAAUGUUAUAUAAAAAUCUUAGUGAAUCAAGUGUGCUUAUAUUUGUUUUACUCUUGUUUUUUUCUUGAACGUUGAAGAUUAAAAAUACCUGAAAUCAUUUUAUCCACUUUGGUCAAAAACUGAAUUCCAAAAAUCCAUUAUUAUUCAUAUUUUGUAGAUGAUCUUUAGUACAAAAAAAUAUUAAAAUGUUAAUUAAUGCUCAGGCCAAAAAAAAAGGUUCUUUGUUUCCAAUAACACCUCCCCAAAAAUUUGGUAGGUAAGUAGGCAUAACUCUUUAUCCUACAAUUUUGAGAAGCAAGAUUCUGUACCGAACCAACCUAUGUCAGGGUAUAUCACAAUUGUAGAAGGUUUAAAAUUAUAUACAUGUAAAUGGUCAAAUUUUAACAUUUUCACCCAAAAUAAAUUUGUUUAUUUAGAAAAUUACAAAAAAACAAACAUAUAUCGAUCAAAAUGAAAAACAAAACGUGUAGGGUCGGUAGAAAAAAAGGGUGGGUAGUGUUUUAGGAAACAAAGAAUACUUUUUUUAUGCCUUACAAAUAUUGUGCUUAAAUCAAAAUGUAUUGCUGCAUAUAUCGCAUGUAUUUUUUUCACAGUUGGGAAUUCUCAUGACUUUUUAGUUUAGAUUAUACUGUGUUAUAUUUUCAUUGACUUGUUAUGUAGAUAGUAUUGUGCCAUUACUAAAAUAUCAUUCUUGUUUUCACAUCAAGAACUUCAUAUGCAUGUAUGUUCAUCUCUUCUUGUAUUUAAUUUCUAGAAUAACGCCUAGAAGAGUGGUUUUGCUUACUUAAAUCAUUUUCCUAACAUUUAUACCUCAUUCAUGUGUGCUUUUAUACAAAGAGAGAAACAAACCUGAUACAUUACGGUAGUGUACUGUACUUUACCGUAUCAUAAGCAUACCAAGACAAAACCGUUUACAUUGAUGUACACACACCUGAUGCAUUAGAGUAUUGAAAAUCAACAUUUUAUUUUAAUACUCUUAAUUUGUUAGAAAAAAUGUUAUAUUGCGAGGAAAAGGACUUUAAACAUUUUUUUUUUCAGAGAAAAGAAUGCUUUUAAAUUGCAAACAUCUGUUUUUAAAUCCUCCAUAUUAAAUAUUAUAAAGUCUCAUUAUAAUUAAAAGAAAUAUGUGAUAGUUUUACUGUUUUGAUUAAAGUGAAACUUACCAAGUACGUUUUUGCAACUACUAAAGGAUACAUGUUUUAAUAUAAAACGUUUCAUAAAAAUAUUGUAUAAUAUUUCAUGUUUAAUCUUUUAUUUGUGUUGGUUUUUACUUGUUUAUUCAAAUGUGAUAUGUUCUUUGCCAUCCUUAAAGUUGUAAAUACAGUAUGAGAAACCGUCCAUAAUACAUUUAUUUCACA